AUGAUCGUCGCCACCGACUACUUUACUAAAUGGAUCGAGGUAGAAGCUCUAUUCUCUAUUAAAGAAGCCGAUGUGGUGCGAUUCAUCUGGAGAAACAUCAUCUGCCGGUUUGGCUGUCCACAAUCGCUGGCCACUGACAACAACUCACAAUCCAUUGGCAGGCAGAUCACCACAAAUCAGUCGCCCAUAAGUAGCGUCCUUCGGGAGACGCAGCCCGUAAGAAGCGUCCUAAGGGAGACACAGGGGAGGCAGGAUAGACACGCAGUUGCCCAUAAGCAGCAUCCUAAGGGAGACGCAGGGCGACGACCAAAGCGUCCUUUGGGAGACGCAGCCCGUAAAAAGAGUCCUAAGGGAGACGCAGGGGGAGGCAGGAUAGACACACAGUUGCCCAUAAGCAGCGUCCUUCGGGAGACGCAGGGUGACGACCAAGCCAUCCUAAGGGAUGUGCAGCACACGCCCGGAGCCUCUUAA